AUGUCGACCCCACAGCUUGAAGACCCAGAGAAUGUGUUUGACCUGAACGAGGCCAUCCCGGAGACGGAGCUGCUGGACAACAGCAUACAGAAGGGGCGGGCCCAGCUGUCCGUCAAAACCAGGCGGCACCGCCCCUCGCGAUCACACUUCCGCGACAGCAUCAGCUCUACUGAUGGGGAGGACACUCCGGAUAGGAAGUCUCUAGACAGCCCCCUGUACCCGGCCCGUUCUCCACUACACUCGGCCCUGCGUGGCCCCUCCCCUUCUCCUGAUUCGCUACUGGCCUCCUCACCCGUGCACCGUGAUUCGCUACUGGCCUCGCCCGUGUUCCGUGAUUCGCUACUGGCUUCACCGGUGCUAAGAAGCCCCGCCUUCUCCUUCGACUCCACCUCUCUGGUGCGGCGCUCGGCCGAGGAUGCUGGGGGAGGCGGGUCAUCGUCGCCAGGGCAACAUUCGGCCCCCAGGGGCUCCCGCUACAGGACCUUGACCAACACCACAUCCCAGGAGGCUUUGCUGCUGCCCUGUAGCUCCGCCCCCAACCCCAUCUGCCACAGCACAGACAGCUCGCCCAUCUACUUACGGAGGACCCGCAGGCCUGAGAGUGAAGUGCUAGUGUCGGAUGACAGCAGAGACCUGAGUCCCACGGAGCCUGGCAGCCCAACGGCCGUCAUAUUGGACAAGAAAACCAGGAGGAGGUUCCUCGAUCUCGGGGUGACGCUAAGGCGUUCCUAUGUUCGUGUGAGGAAGGACAAGUCUAACAGGCUGUCAAUGGGAGGCCGGGAUCCGUCUGAGAGUCCGUCGCGUAGCUCCGCCUCCUUCGUGCCUUCGUUCACUUCCUGGUUCAGCGACGGCCACAGAGGCUCCUCCUCCUCUUCCUCCAACACCACUAACCACGCCUCCUCCUCCGCAUCGCCACGCCUCUCCUCACACAUCCACAGCCCCCGCAAGUCCAACUCACAGGAGUCAGCCCUGAGCGAUGAGUUUUGUCCAGGCAGUCCAGAUGCCUCCAACGACACAGCGGCCGAGACACGCACACACUCACAUUCACACUCCAACAAACAGUCCUCACAGCCCUACCAGACGCUCUCGCAGUCCUCUGACGAGGCGUGUGACGAGCGCGUGUGUGUGGUGUCGUCGUGGAGCCCGGCUCAGGUGUGUGAGUGGCUGAAAGGUCUGAACAUGGAGCAAUACACACAACAGUUCACCGCCAGACACAUUGAUGGACAACAGCUGCUGCAGAUGGACUCAAGCAAACUCAAGGGAUUGGGUGUGGUGAACUCGUCGGAUCGCAGUGCUCUGAAGAGACGCAUCAAGGACAUACAUGCUGCGGCAGAGAAGGAACGCAAGGCCCUGGGCAAACUGGAGCGUCAGAGAGAGAGGCAGCGCAAGAGAGAGCAGGAGCAACGCAAGAGCUAGACCUCCAUCACCCCUUCCUCCUCCUCCU